AUGGUGAACAGCUUAUGGUUCAAGUGGAAGGCUCUGCGUCUACCCUGGAGGAAAUCUAUCCUGGUCGGUCAGGAUCUCGCCGGCAACACCUUCUGGGAGUUCAAAGAUGUCUUGAACGCAGCCCGCUACCGCCGAAUCGUCCGAUUUGAUCCCAAAACACAUUUCAGUGAUGUUCAAGUGACACCACAAUGGCACCAAUGGCUACGGCAUGUCCGACAAAACCCUCCGAGUAUCGAAGAACAGAAGCAGGAUCUCGUCCGCCAAGCGCAAAUGAAAGAACUCGCUCGACUCGCCGACGAACGCUGGGCCAGCAAAGCCUCAGUGCUGGAUAAGCCCAACACGCAACCUGGAACAGCGAAUCAGCAUGGUGGGCCCAGUUUGAACUAUCCUACUGCCAACAGCCAAGCUACACAGGAUGCGCCGGCACCCGCCACCUCACCCAAUCUGCCACAGCCAGAGACUGCCUCUACACAGCCAGAGACGAAAAAGGAAGAGAACCCAUGGGCCAAGGCCAGCAGGAAUAACCCAGGCGAGGAAUGGCAGCCGGAAGCAUGGUCUCCUAGUUCCAAGCGGUAA